GUUUUUGCCUGUUAAAUCAAAUCACAUAAGUGCUUACGUUAUGACAAGUCAGUCUCAUGCAACUUCAACGAAAGACAUUAAUAAUUCCACGUAUAUAUUAAAGUGAGACUCAUGCAUUUAAUCUCAGAUAAGAGCUGAAAGAAACCAAUCUCCAUUUCUCUGUUUCUUCGAAGCAUUUUCACAAAUGGGUCAGCUUCAUUUUUUCUUCUUUCCUAUGAUGGCUCAAGGCCACAUGAUUCCUACACUUGACAUGGCCAAGCUCGUUGCUUCUCGUGGUGUUAAAGCCACUAUAAUCACAACCCCUCUCAAUGAAUCUGUUUUCUCUAAAGCUAUUGAGAGAAACAAACAUUUGGGUAUCGAAAUCGAAAUCCGUUUGAUUAAAUUCCCAGCUGUGGAGAACGAUUUGCCUGAAGACUGUGAGCGUCUUGAUCGGAUCCCUUCUGAUGACAAACUCCCAAACUUCAUUAAAGCUGUAGCUAUGAUGAAAGAAUCAUUAGAGCAGCUUAUUGAAGAAUGUCGCCCAAAUUGUCUUGUUUCUGAUAUGUUCCUUCCUUGGACAACUGAAAGUGCAGCAAAGUUUAAUAUUCCGAGAAUUGUUUUCCACGGCACAAGUUACUUUGCCCUUAGUGCUAACGAUAGCAUCAGGCGUAAUAAGCCUUUCAAGAAUGUUUCCUCUGAUUCUGAAAUUUUUGUUGUACCGGAUUUGCCUCACGAAAUCAAGCUGACUAGAACACAAUUGUCUCCGUUUGAGCAAUCGGACGAAGAGACAGGUAUGUCUCGCUUGGUAAAAGCUGUCAGGGAAUCGGAUUCGAAGAGUUAUGGAGUUAUCUUCAACAGCUUCUAUGAGCUUGAAUCAGAUUAUGUUGAACAUUACACCAAGGUUGUGGGUAGAAAAAAUUGGGCUAUUGGCCCGCUUUCGUUGUGCAACAGGGACAUUGUAGAUAAAGCUGAAAGAGGGAGGGAUUCCUCUAUCGAUAUACACGAGUGCUUGAAAUGGCUUGAUUCGAAGAAAUCCAGCUCCAUUGUUUACGUUUGUUUUGGAAGCGUAGCAAAUUUCACUACAUCACAGAUGCAAGAACUUGCUAUGGGACUUGAAGCUUCUGGACAAGAUUUCAUUUGGGUUGUUAGAACAGAUAAUGAAGAUUGGUUGCCUGAAGGAUUCGAAGAAAGAGCGAAAAGAAAAGGAUUAAUUAUAAGAGGAUGGGCACCCCAAGUGCUGAUUCUUGAUCACGAAGCUAUUGGAGCUUUCGUGACUCAUUGUGGAUGGAAUUCGAUGCUUGAAGGAAUAUCAGCAGGGUUGCCAAUGGUGACAUGGCCAGUUUUUGCGGAGCAAUUCUUCAAUGAGAAGUUGGUGACUGAGGUUAUGAGAACUGGGGCUGGCGUUGGUUCGGUGCAAUGGAAUAGAACAGCUAGUGAAGGAGUGAAAAGAGAAGCAAUAGCCAAGGCAAUAAAGAGAGUAAUGGUGAGUGAAGAAGCAGAGGGAUUCAGAAGCAGAGCUAAAUCGUAUAAGGAAAUGGCAAGACAAGCUAUUGAAGAAGGAGGAUCAUCUUACACUGGAUGGACUGCAUUGCUACGAGAUAUUAGUUCAUAUAGUUCCACAGGUCAUUAACUAGUGAUUGGAAAAAAAAAACAUACAUGUUUUUUAUAAUCUGUGUUUGUACGUUUUCUGUUUGCUAAUUUGAGCAUUACCGUUUGUCACUUCUAAUAAAAUUAAUGACAUUGUAAAGAAUAUUUCAGCCCAAGAAUGAUCAAAAUUCAAUAAUAUUAUCAAGUA